AAAAAUACUGCAUUUUAAAGCACCGACAUGUAUCCAUAUUUAUUUUGUGUUGGUGUUCUAUAGGUUCUCCAAUUUCCACCCACCUCUUGAAAGCAUGCCAGUAUAAAAUGCUGUGAGAUGGAGGCUGCUGAGGAGGAAGUGUGUCAGUGCAGUGGCAUGGAGGAGAAGAGUGAGAAGAGACAAACAUCUCCGGUGUGUUACAGCAGAGAGCGGAAGCAGCGGUCGUGGAAGAGGAGCUUUAUUUAUCUGCAGUGCUAUUUUCUAACUGUUGCGACUAUUCUGGGAACCGGAAUUUUAGGGCUGCCAGUGACGAUUGCUCGCGCAGGACUGAUUCCCUUCUUGGUCUCGUUCCUCAUUGGUUUUUUAAUGCAGGCUUUGCUCAUCUACCUCUUUGUGGAUUUGCUCCAGCGAUGUCGAGUCAUUCAGAUGGAGUCAGUAAAGUCUCUAGAGACAGAAGGGAUAUUAAUGCAGAAUGUGAGCCCGGUGGAAUCCCCUGUUCUUGACAGCGAGGAGGUGGAAGAGAGUGAAGAUGUAGAAGAUGCAGAUGCAGGCCUGCUACAGAAAGACAACACGAUCCUGAAGCUCCAGGAGGAACUUCAUCCAAACCUGCAUGUGCUUGGUGUACUUUUCCUGAGCAAACGCAGCAGCCAGGCCUUCACCUUGAUCCUACUUUUUCAUUUCGUAUCUAUUGGAAUCAGUUAUGUUUUGGCAGGUAGUGAAGCAUAUGCUUCACUUUUUCAUACAAGUCACAUCUACGUUAUCCCUGUGUUUACGUGGACGCUCUCUUUGGGUAUUCUUCUGGCGCAGGUCAUCAUCCAGCCAAUCACGUCUCUGCUCACUCUCCUUAAAGGCAUCCUGCUGAUUAUCACUGUGGCGGUGACAUUUGUUGUGGGUUCAGAGGUUCACCAGGAGACCAAGAAUGACUUCACCCAAAUCGGAAAACCUUUCCUUAUGGGAACCGUUGCUCUCGGUGGAAUUGUCAACGUGAUGCCAUUUUUAUUUUCUGAGAUUUACCACAACAAAACACAGGUCUUGUGGUUCAGAAGAGCUCUACUGGGAGGACUUACUACAUGUACAAUCCUAAAUAUAUUAUGGUGUUGGGCAGUGGUAGACAUCGUUCCCCAGAUGGCUGUCAAGCCUGUCCUGGAGGAGAAACUCUUAAAUACCAGCUUGGUCCGGAUGGAGACCACUCGACCGGCACACACAUUUAUCUACUCCAACAUCUCCCUGGAGGAGUCUGAAAAGGCUGGAGAGAUUGCGACAAUACCUCUAACAAAGAUCAUAAAUCAGAGGUACACGCACUUCUCGUGGGUGGCAGAGCUGAUCCAGAUCUUCAUCACCAUCAGCAUAACCGUGUCAUUCCUUGUGAUGGGAUCAGCAAUGAAGCAUACAAUCGACGGCUUGGUAAACAGACAGUGGGAGAUGAACGCCGGAUUGAUGCUGAGAACCCAGCCACGGACUUUACCUGAAAUCUUUAACACCCUCAGAAUGAGAAGCGUUUCAGGUGGCUUCUUGUCUUUUUUGGUGUUUGGGAUCAUUUUUGUUGUGUCUAUAUGUGAUCCAAAGGGUUUUGUCGUUAUGCUCGACAAGGUCGUCUCUUUCUCCUUAAACACUGAAGUAGGCUUGUUCAUCUUCCUGAUGCUGAGGGCCUCCAGAUCAGUGAGUUUUAAACAUAUGACGGUUCCCCUGCCAGUGGGUGAAAGCCUCUUCAGGCUCCACUGGCUCCUGCCAGUCUACUUCCUCUUUGCUGUGGCAUACGAUCUCAGCCUGUGCGUGCUGGACAUAUCAAAGAACAUGUACCAUUCCUCACAGACCAACAGGUCUCUCGUGUAAAAGCCUAGGGCUGAAGAGCUGUAAAAUUUAGUCCAGAGACAACAGCAGCCUUCUGGCUGAGUGUAUUGAGAUGUCUGGCCUUCAGCCGGUCAGAGUCUUCAGGGAUGAACGUCUUCGGAUAUAAUUACUUGCUACAACCAACCAAACUCACCCACAGCUUAAAGGAAAAGCUCAGCACAACUUUAAAUGUAGCCUGUAUUACAGUUUUCAAAUGUGAUGAAUACUGGCAGUGGAUCUUAAAGUGAAGAGUAACCAGGGAUCUGUGAUUUUUUUUUUUUUGUGUUAUAUAUUAGUUACAGUUAUGACCUUUGUAAAAGCUAUAUGUAUAAAUCAGUAUUUGGUCCGUAUAAUUGAACUAUUGGCUACCAAUAACUUACAAAAAACUCAAAUAACUUGGACCUAAUCAUCAUUUGCAAUUCAGAAAUUCAGAAAUAAAAAGGCUUUAAUACAUAGCCAACUUGAGAAGCUGAAUUAUGUUGAUGAGAAUCUGGAAGUUAUUUAAUAGUGAAAGACAUCUCUGGCAAAAACUUUAAGAACCCCUGCAUUUAUCCAAGCACUGAUUCAAUAUGACUAAUGCAUGCUGUAUUUGAAUAUAUAAGAUGAAUGCAAUACACAA